UGUUCUUCCGGAGGAACUCUGCGAGGAUGCGGUUGAUACUCUGUGUGAGAAUCUUCUCCCGUUUAUCCUGGUACCCGGAGAUAGUUUAACCCAGACUAGUCAUCAUUAUGUACCAGCCAUGAUACAGACAGUUAUGUACAAGUCUCCCCGAAAUACUCCAAACCAUCGGAAACUAGUUGAAUGUGUGAUGGCGCAAAAGCAAGGUGUUCACAUUGACCUCCUACACGUGAUCGCCUACGGGCCGACCUCCUCCAAGCUUCCUGCGGUCAACCUUCUCUUCUUCUACUGGCCGUCCCUCAACCCGACCCCGGCAGAACGGAAGGAUAUAGUUGACAGGUUCCAGACUGAACCUAACUGGAUCCCUGCAAUCUGUACCAAUCUCAACUGUGAAUCUACUGAACCUGCAGAAGCUACCAAGCUCUGCUUGGAUCAUUCCAUCCCGUUGAACCAGAGAUCUGAUAUACCUCCACCAGCUCUAUACUGUUAUGAGUGCACGGAGAAGGUUCUCCAGAAGAGAUCUAAGAGUGAUCCUGAUAUAUUUGAGGAUUUGAAUAUGCCCAUAGAUCAAAUUGAAGUCAAAUGUGAGAAUAAAAACUGCAGAUCAACAGACAAGAUUGGCGUCUGUUCUUGUUUUUCACCAGAAUGCACAUUUUAUAACAGUCACAGGCCUAUCCGGUACUGCGAGCAGUGUCAUAGAAUCCGACAUAAUGAAAGACGACGUACAACCAACCACGUGCUCCAGAAACCGGUUAUUUCUCCCUGGAAAAUGAGCUUUGAUGACAGAGAGGUUAUGCUCGCUUCAGUUAUCAGCUUGCUUUCUUUAGCUAAACCUUUCAGCUCAGAUUCACAGGAGGAACAUCAUGCAAGGACGAUGAUACUGUUGGACGAUGCUGAUACGCAGGACGAUUUUACUUUCGACGAUUAUCUCAUGGCGUCCAGGUACGGUGUAUGGUUACUGGCCGGACUAUGUAUGCCGGAUGAGCCUGACUCUGGGCUUGAAAUGGCUGGUCUUCUAUCAAUGCUAUUUGAAUGGUAUAAGGUGACUGCCACACUGCCGGGGGAUAAAUCUGGAGCAGUUGUUGAAAAAAUUAAAUCUGAUUUUCUUCCUCCUUGGCUUAGGGAGCUGGCUACUAACCACCACCAAGUGUUUGUUCAAUGUCUCAUACCCGAACCUGAAGAUAUUGCUAAGGUUGGAGGACAUUGGGAGAUAAUUGCUCCGGAAACUUAUCAUAUCAAGGAAGGGCUGGCCAGGUUGUUCUGUCUGGUUUCCUUCGACAUUAUCACCUUAAACCUGUGGGAAGAGAUUGCACCUAGAUGGAUGGAUGCCAUUCAAAAACAUUUCCUCAAGGAAUCCCUCCCUGAAAUCGGAAGCAUAUUCUGCAGAAUAUUUGACCCAGACAUGUCCCCCCUUGGAUUCCAAUUGGAACAGAUGUAUCAGUUUGCGUGCAGAAGAAUGGAUGGGAAUGACCCUGAUCAGCAACAGACUGUUCUGGGUUGGAUGCAAAUUUUAUGCCACCUUGGAGUAACAAUACCUUUAAAUAUUCUCUUCUCCAUGUACAGUUCAGGUAUCCGAGCUUGGAGAAAGGAGAAUGUUGUUCAUGACGGUCUGAUUUUGAAACUUCUUCAAAUUUAUUCUAAAAUGAUAGAUGUACUAAUUACACAAUUCAAACAGCAGGAUGUGGAGGAGAAUGUUGGAAUGACUGGACCACAGGCUCAGAACUCAUUAAACCUUGCUCUCGAUAUGAUAACUUCAACCUGGCUCGAACAAACCUAUAGGAGAAAACCAACUAAUGAAACCCAGCAGGAUAUUGAAGAGAACUUGUUCAUCUUUACACAACUAUUCAGGAGUCUUCUCCGACAUAUUCUAUCCAACGAGCAACGAGAAGGAGCAGGAGAAACUCGGAACUCUGUCAGUAUUGGACAUACACUAAUAGCAGAGGAUAAAAAGGAAACCUUGAAACGACAACCAGGGAUUGGAGGGUUUAUGGCAGUUCUCUCCAGCACUUUCAAAACUACUGUUGAGACGAUGCCUGAGGAUGGAUCAGAUUCAGAUAGUUCUCUCACUGAUCUAGAUUUAGAACAAAUUAAGGAUGGACUGAUUGAGGUUGAAGAUCAUCCUCCUUUCAUGCAACUACUCUACAGGCUCAUUAUACUCAUAUCAGAGACGGAUGAACCAGAUAUAGUUUUCUAUACUUUGGAUGCUCUAAAGUGUCUGGCGCUCAAUGAGGAUGGUUUAGUAGAGAUGUCCAAGAAAUAUAAGAAGAUGUUUUGUUGGCUGCAGGCUCAAUAUAUCAUUCCGACCACAUGGAAACUGUUAGAUACAAACCAUUCUCAGAUUGCCACAAUAGCUGUUCCUAUUCUUCUACAUAGCUUGCCAGUCAGAGCAGGAUCGGAUAUACUCUGGAAAAUAUUAGAUCAGGAUUUCAAUCAUGCUGAUUGGAAGAGAAGGUUCGCUGCUGUUGAGAAGACGACCUUAGUAUUCAGGUUCCUGGAUUCUGGUCCUGUUCGUCAAAGCCAACGAUUGAGAAGCGUUCUCUCUCAUGCGUUCUGUCUCCUCCUCUCAUCUAUGGAUGAUAUUUCCGUUCAUGUUGCCCAGAGAUCAACCGUAUAUAUUGGAACCAUACAUGAUAAGGAACCAACCAACAACUAUUAUAUACCUCUUGAUAUAAGUUUCAAGUUUAUCUGAAGUCUUAAGUUUAAUUUCUUUAGUUUAUGAACCCGACUAAGGGGAUGUUUUUUGCUCAAUUAGACUUAACCUGUUCCAACAUUUUUUUAAACCUAAAUCCUUAUUUUAGUCUAAAUGGCAUAUAUUGAAUCGGGACAAGGGAAUAGAGUCAAAUUUUCUAAUCCUUAUAUAUUUGCAACCUGAUGGUGUAUACCUUUG